GGAGGUAUUUAGAAAGUAAAAAUUGAUAUUAGGCCCACGUUUGAUAUGAAGAGUUGAACUCUCUGAUCUAUUUGUGUCUUUUUUUUUCUUCGCUCCAAAUCUCUCAAACAAACCCUAGCAUUACUGGAUCAAUUCCAAUAAAAUCAUCAUCAUCACCAUCAUCUGGAUCUGAUUAGUAAUAAUGUCUGGUUCAGUAAUGGUUGGGGCAUCAAGUUCAUGGUCUCACGCUUUAGUACAGAUCUCACCUUAUACUUUCGCAGCACUAGGAAUCGCAAUCUCAAUUGGUGUUUCUGUGUUGGGAGCUGCUUGGGGAAUUUAUAUUACUGGAAGUAGUUUGAUUGGUGCUGCAAUUAAAGCUCCUCGUAUUACAUCUAAGAAUCUCAUCAGUGUUAUUUUUUGUGAAGCUGUUGCUAUAUAUGGGGUCAUUGUGGCUAUCAUCCUUCAGACAAAGCUGGAAAGCGUACCAAAUUCCCAGAUAUAUGCACCCGAAUCUCUAAGGGCUGGAUAUGCAAUCUUCGCUUCGGGAAUCAUUGUGGGAUUUGCAAACCUUGUGUGCGGUCUUUGUGUGGGAGUAAUUGGAAGCAGCUGUGCGUUGUCUGAUGCUCAAAACUCAAAUCUUUUCGUGAAGAUCCUAGUGAUUGAGAUUUUUGGUAGUGCGCUUGGGUUGUUUGGAGUAAUUGUGGGUAUUAUCAUGUCAGCUCAAGCAACAUGGCCUUCAAAAGUCUGAUGAAUGAAGGGGUCAGUAGUACCAAGACAGUACCUGUUUAUCCAACUUAUUUAUUAAGAAGGAGAUGCUAUAUUUUGUCUCUCUUGAGUUCUUGAUGCAUGCUAUUCUUCUUUGAAGUGCAAUAAUAAGCUUAUGUAAUAUCUGUUGUACCAUCCUGUUCUCUGACUUCAGAUUUACCCUUUCUUGUAUUUGAAAUUACAAUUGGUAUAUUUAUUUUAGCUUCUCAUUUUAUGGAGUGUGCA